AUGGACUUUGACGUGCCUCACGCGGGUGAUGAUCCCCUCAAGGAUAUCACCGAUGGCAGUCUCAACAAGAAGACUGAAGCGUCCAAUGUCGCCCGUGAGAAGGGUUGGGUGGCCCCUGAAAGCUACGACUAUGCCAAGUACACCUAUGACCCUCUCAAGAAACCUGAGGAGCAGCAGAACCUCGACGACCAGGCUCCCGCCUGGGCUGCCAAUGCGGCCAAAUAUGAGUGGAAUGAUGAGUAUGGUGACGUUGGCCCGGCCAAUGCCCAGCUCGAGGAGAUGUUGUUCCGCAGCGAAUUCAUCAACCGCGCCGGUUUCAAGCUGGGAAACCUGCAAAACAUCGAGGUUGUCGCCGAGAGUAGAGAGCGUCCCAACCCCGUCAAGAAGUUUGAGGAUGCAGGCCUCCACCCUAUCAUGAUGGGGAACAUCCGUCUGUGCCGCUACGACUUCCCAACUCCCAUCCAGGCGUACGCCAUCCCGGCUGUUCUGACGAACCAUGACUUGAUUGCAAUUGCGCAGACCGGUUCCGGAAAGACUGCCGCGUUCUUGAUUCCCGUUCUUUCGCAGCUGAUGGGAAAGGCGAAGAAGCUGGCCGCCCCUCGUCCUAACCUGGCCGCGGGUUUUGAUCCGUUGACCGAUUCCGUCCGUGCCGAACCUCUGGUUUUGAUUGUUGCACCUACUAGGGAGCUCUCCACCCAGAUCUUCGACGAGGCUCGCCGUCUGUGCUAUCGUUCUAUGCUUCGCCCAUGUGUGGUGUAUGGUGGCGCUCCCGUGCGCGACCAGAGGGAUGAGCUGCAGAAAGGAUGCGAUAUUCUCAUUGGAACUCCGGGAAGACUCAUGGACUUCAUGGACAAGCCCCACAUCCUAUCGCUCCGUCGUGUCAAGUACACCAUUAUCGAUGAAGCUGAUGAGCUCCUGCUGUCUGAUUGGGAGGAAGAUCUGAACAAGAUCAUGUCGGGAGGCGAUGUUAACGAGGAUGCUGACCAUCGGUACAUGAUGUUCUCGGCUACCUUUGACAAGAAUUGUCGUCAGCUGGCGCGCAAGUUCCUUGCGGACGACCAUGUGCGCGUUCGCAUUGGCCGUCCUGGCAGCACUCACAUCAACGUUGAUCAGACUAUCGUCUAUACCGAGGCCAACCUGAAGAAACAGGCUCUCUACGACCUUUUGAUGUCCAUGCCCCCCUCACGCACCCUUAUCUUUGUUAACAGCAAGGCUCAGGCCGAUCUGUUGGAUGACUAUCUUUUCAACAGUGGGCUCCCGAGCACCUCGAUCCACUCCGAUCGCACCCAGCGUGAGCGUGAGGAUGCUUUGCGUGCUUUCCGCACUGCGCGUUGCCCCAUCAUGGUCACCACCGGGGUGUCCGCCCGCGGCCUCGACAUUAAGAACGUGAUGCAUGUCGUCAACUUCGACCUUCCUCGCGUUGAUCAUGGUGGCAUUACUGAAUACAUUCAUCGCAUUGGUCGCACCGCGAGAAUUGGAAACGAAGGCCUGGCAACUUCCUUCUUUAGUAAUGACCGAGACGCCGACUUGGCCCCUGACCUGGUCAAGAUCCUGAUGGAGUCCAAGCAGAACAUUCCUGAUUUCCUCGAUAUCUACAAACCUGCCGAGGAGGAGGGAGUGAAGUUUGACGACGACACCGAUGACGAGGCUGGCAAUGAGAACGACAACGAUGGGACUGGUGCCUGGACUGGCUUCCCUGUCGAGUCCACCACUGACACUACCGCCACUAACACCGGUGGCUGGGGCGGUGACUCUAUGGACGCUGCCAAGGGCGCUUUGGGAGACGACUAUGAUUUCUAA